GAUUAAUCAGAGUUUAAUUACAUUUCUAACGAUUCAUUUAUUAAUUUUUAGUUUAUCUUUCAACAUUGCUUUAACUUUUGCCAAAUAUACAAAAUAAGAAAAUGUUCAAAUUCCAUUCUACUUUAAUGUAACGUUGCUUGAACUUUAUGUGGCCUCAAACGUCUGAAUAUUACGCAUGUAGCAAUACACCCUGCAAUGUGAUGCAAUAGUUAUCCAAGCUUUGGAACAGAGUGGUAUAUUGUACAUUGCCCAACAUAAAAUUUCAUAACAAUAUGGUAUUACUCACCAAGGCAUACAAUUCAUACAUAAUUUUAUCAGACAUAGAUAAAACCAUAUGAGAUCACCAUCAUACAUACAGUAAGGUAAUAGAGUCACAUUACAUAUCUAUAGUUAUCGGAAAUUUGGGAUGAUGAAACAAAAAAUUGAACUCCAAGAUGUCAAGUAGUGUAGAGGAAGCGCUUGAUCUGAGUAAACCAGAUAUCAGCAGACGGCAGUCCUUAGAUGCUGGAAGAACCCCACCACACACCCCACCCACACCCACGUCACCUAUACCAAGCGUAUCGUCAGACUUAGACCCGAUGCGCGGCUUGCAUUCGGUGAUUGACAGAUCCUCGAGUCUCAGUUCAGACGGCCACGAAAGUGACGGUAGCCUUACCACGUCAGUGCACAGAGUUUCAGGCCCACUAACAUCCGGGCACUUGAGCCCACGUGACGACUCAAGUGGUUCAGAGGGCACUGACUCCAAUCGUCCAUUUAAAAUGUAUCCCAUUGAUUCUUCAGCUGGACUUAACCCUCUCGCGGGUAUGAGCUCGGUGCUACCUGGACUCUCGUAUGGUAUGCCACCUUCAGCUAUCUAUGGCAGCGGGGAUUCCCCUAUGCUAUCAACACCCCUCAUGUCAUACCUAGCCCAAAGAAAGCGCAAAAAUGAUAACAGGGACCAUUUAGUAAUUGACAAUAAAAAAACAAAGACCAUCCCCGAGGAUAAGAAAGACAACGCUUAUUGGGAGCGAAGACGAAAAAAUAAUGAAGCGGCAAAACGAUCAAGAGACACACGUCGUCAAAAGGAAGAGCAAAUAGCGAUGCGUGCAGCUUUCCUUGAACAAGAAAACCUAAAACUCAGAGCUCAAGUAGCAAUAUUGAAAAAUGAAACUGCCAAAUUGCAUUAUAUGCUGUACCAAAGAUCGUAGCAAUGUCAUUGGUGAUUUAUAAUAUGUGUAUAUAAUGCUCAAGAUCUUUUUUAUAUUACAAGAUGUACAAUUGUAUGUACAAGGGGCAACAUUUCAGGUGACCCAUAAUACGGCUGGAACAGUAAGGGUUUGACAGGGUUAAACACUAUGUAAGAUAAAAGUUCAGGGUUUUUUACAUUAAAACAUAAUAGAUGUAGCGAAAACAUAGUUUUAAAAUGUAUUUGGGACUCAUACAUGUCAUACACAAUGUUAACUCUCUGGAUAAAACCAAGAACGUGAAUCAGUGAAUUAAAGAACACUGCCAGGUUUUCGUGUCGACCAUGAUUAAAAUUAUGACUUUAAAAUAGAGAGUGUGUACUAAAUAUUUUACAAACAAUCA